AUGGGUUUUGAAGGGCUAUGAGCCUCUUUUCAUCAACAUCAGGGGCAAUAAAAACUAUCUCUCCCAUAGUUCCUUGCGGAUCAAAACGCUAUUCAGCUCAUCCUCAACCGGAGAGAUUGACUUUCUGCAAGCAGGAACCGGGUUUAUUCAAUAAUUGGCUGUUUUUUCCCUCAGUAUAGGCUACGGCAUGUGGCAGGAGGAGGACGAACACAGCCUGGAGGAGAAAUUUGCCGCCGCCGUUCAAGUGAUCCAGAGUUUGCCUGAAGAAGGUCCUUUUCAGCCGUCUGAUGACAUGAUGCUGAUGUUUUAUAGUUACUACAAGCAAGCCACAAUGGGACCAUGCAACAUCCCAAGGCCAGUGGGCUUUUGGGACACUCGAGGAAAAACUAAAUGGGAUACAUGGAGCUCUCUGGGAAACAUGACGAAGGAGGAAGCCAUGAGAAAUUAUAUUGAGCAUAUCCAGUUGAUUUUGGAGACCAUCCCGAUCACAGAGGAAGUGUCUGAACUGGUGCAGAAGCUCGGCAACUUUUACACAGAGAAGAGGAAAGAAGAAGAAGAAGAGGAAAAGGAAAACGAAUCAGACAAGACACCCUUCACCAGGCCUUUCACAGAGCACAGAGAGGGGCUUCUUAAGAGGCCAACAAUGGAAGGCUAUGGGGAUCUGUGGGAUGAUAUACAGAACUUCCAAGAGAAAGACGGAGACAGCAGUGUGCAGGGACUGAGUGUGAGCAGCGAAGAGGCCGAGGGGAGCAAAGAAAGCAGCGGAAUCGAGAGAAAAGAGGAAGGUUGUGUGUGGAGAGGAAGUGAAGAAGAGGCAGAGCACUGGGACGACAGCAUCAGUUCAGUGACUGAAGACAAGGAGGUGGAAAGAGACUGGGGACCUGACCCAAGGUUUUUAGUGGUGGGUGAUAAGAGAUGGAGAUUUGACACCAAAGGUUCCAGCAGCAGCCUGGAGCCCAGCAUGUCCUCCACCAAUGGUACGCACAGCUCUCUCAACAGUGAAGAGGAGGAGCUGGCCUGUUCCAUGGAAUCCAGUGGGCAGUAUGAGCCAUACACUCACUUCAACCAACACUACAGUGAUCCCUGUGAUGCAGCUUCUGACAGGAACCUCCGAUCUCCAGACUCUGACAAUGAGGAAUUCUGUGACUCAGUGGAUCAUCUGGCAAUGGAAGAGAUGUGUGCAUCACAAGGCCAGUCAUCGAAGCCAGGAGCUGCCUCCCUGUGGCCAAAUGACCUCUGGUUUGAGAGCAGUCAAACUCUGAAAGAAGCUGAGGUACUCAGGGAUGAGUUCUGCAUCCAAACAGAGGUUGAUUCCAGCAAAUACAACAGGUCCUUGUCAAGAAAAGGAAAAGGUUCUCAAUCUCCAGAAAUCAUCUGCGACUCAUUGCAGUGCGUCAGUGUUGAUGCUGCUUGCUGUGUGUCAAAGGACAGACAUCCUGCGGGUGUUUGGAGGGCAAACGUCAACAUGCAAAUAGCAGCAGCUUUGCUGAGGCUGCAGCAGGACAUGGCCGAUGUGCUGCACAGGCUGCACACUUUGGAGGAGCUCACAAAGUCACAGUCAAGAUUACCUUCACCACCUCAGAAAGAGGUUUUACGAGUUUCACAAAAAGUCCUGUUCUUCCAACCAUCUUGGUGGCCAUUAGACUACUCUCCGGUGACGGUGGUGCUGACAACAUGUUGGUCUCUGAUCAGUCACUGGCUUUUCCAGCUUUACUUACAACAUAAAAGAAGGAAAAUCCCAUGAAGACAAUAAAUGUGACCCAACACUUCUUCUGUUGCUUUGUGAUUCUCUGACGCUGCCUCCACAGGUGCAGUUAUGGCAAAGUCAUGUUAGAUAAAACAAAUGACUAAAAAUAUGUAGAAAAUAACUUCAUCCACCAAAAAAAAAGAUAUUUAGGUGUUUUAGAAAAUGGUGAUUUGAAUAAAUUUUUAUAUGAGUUGUGCUCUUGAAUAUAACAAAAGCAAAGUGAUAAUUUAUACCAUAUUUUAUUUAAUGAUUUUAAUUGUAUCAAAUAUUAAUCUUUAGUUGGGUUUCUUUAAUAUGUCUUGUGAAACUACAUUUUAGGGUGUUUUAAAUGUUUGUUCUUAUUUGAUGCAGUCGUUUCUGUUACUGUAACACCAAAUGAUAUUAAGGAGGGAAAAUUUAAAAAAAAAACUGUUUGUUUGAAUGUGAGUUAUUUUAUAGCUUUAGUUCUGUGACAGCAACAAGAUAUCGCUGACCAGGUCAUCAUGCAACGACUGCAGAGGCCUAAAAACCAAAAAAACUCAGGUUUUAGAUCAGAAAUAAAAUAUGGACUUUUUAGGGGUUACACCAUUUAUAUAAUAAUAAUAAUAAUAAUAAUAAUAAU